AUGUCCAACAGCAGCUCCAUCACCCAGUUCCUCCUCCUGGCUUUCACAGACAGGCAACAGCUGCAGCUCUUGACCUUCUGGCUUUUCCUGGGCAUCUACCUGGCUGCCCUUCUGGGAAACGGCCUCAUCAUCACCGCCAUCGCCUGCGACCACCACCUCCAUACCCCCAUGUACUUCUUCCUCCUCAACCUCUCUAUUCUUGACAUGGGCUCCAUCUCCACCACUGUGCCCAAAGCCAUGGCCAAUUCCCUCUGGGACACCAGGGCCAUCUCCUAUGAAGGAUGUGCUGUCCAGCUCUUUUUCUUUUUCUUUUUUAUUUCAGCAGAGUUUUCUCUUCUCACUGUCAUGGCCUAUGACCGCUACGUUGCUAUCUGCCAACCCCUGCACUACAGGACCCUCCUGGGCAGCAGAGCUUCUUGUGUCCACAUGGCAGCAGCUGCCUGGGGCAGUGGGUUUCUCAAUGCUCUCCUGCACACAGCCAAUACAUUUUCACUCCCCCUCUGCCGGGGUAAUGCCCUGGACCAGUUCUUCUGUGAAAUCCCCCACAUCCUCAAGCUCGCCUGCCCACGCUCCUACCUCAGGGAAGUUGAGCUUAUUGUAGUUAGUGUCUGUUUAGUAUUUGUGUGCUUUGUUUUCAUUGUGGUGUCCUAUGUGCAGAUCUUCAGGGCUGUGCUGAGGAUCCCCUCUGAGCAGGGACGACACAAAGCCUUUUCUACGUGCCUCCCUCACCUGGCUGUGGUCUCCCUGUAUGUCAGCACUGGGGUGUUUGCCUACCUGAAGCCCCCCUCCAUCUCCUCCCUAUUUCUAGACCUGUUGGUGUCAUUUCUGUACUCGGUGGUGCCUCCAGCAGUGAACCCCCUCAUCUAUGGCAUGAGGAACCAGGAGCUCCAGGAUGCCCUAUGGAAACAGGCCCAAUGGAUGCUGUUUCACCGACAAUAA